CUUUCCCUGCAGAAAUUCACCAUGUCUAUUCUGAAGGUGCAUGCCAGAGAGAUCUUCGACUCUCGUGGGAACCCCACUGUUGAGGUGGAUCUCUACACUUCAAAAGGUCUCUUCAGAGCUGCUGUGCCCAGUGGUGCCUCAACUGGUAUCUAUGAGGCUCUAGAGCUUCGGGACAAUGACAAGACGCGCUAUAUGGGGAAGGGUGUCUCCAAGGCUGUUGAGCACAUCAAUAAAACUAUUGCACCUGCCCUGAUUAGCAAGAAGCUGAGCGUUGUGGAGCAGGAGAAGAUUGACAAGCUGAUGCUGGAGAUGGACGGGACAGAGAACAAGUCUAAGUUUGGUGCGAAUGCCAUUCUGGGAGUGUCCCUGGCAGUCUGCAAGGCUGGGGCUGUUGAGAAGGGGGUGCCCCUGUACCGCCACAUUGCUGACCUGGCUGGCAAUACCGAGGUCAUCCUGCCAGUUCCGGCUUUCAACGUCAUCAACGGUGGUUCUCACGCCGGCAACAAGCUGGCCAUGCAGGAGUUCAUGAUCCUCCCUGUUGGUGCCGCCAACUUCAGGGAAGCCAUGCGCAUUGGAGCAGAGGUUUACCACAACCUGAAGAAUGUCAUCAAGGACAAGUAUGGGAAAGAUGCCACCAACGUGGGGGACGAAGGUGGCUUUGCCCCUAACAUCCUGGAGAAUAAAGAAGCCCUGGAGCUGCUAAAGCAUGCCAUUGGGAAAGCCGGCUACACCGAUAAGGUGGUCAUUGGCAUGGACGUAGCUGCUUCUGAGUUCUUCAAGUCUGGAAAGUAUGACCUGGAUUUCAAGUCACCCGAUGACCCCCGCAGGUACAUCACCCAUGAUGAGCUGGCCAACCUGUACAAGUCCUUCAUCAAGGACUACCCAGUGGUGUCUAUCGAAGACCCCUUCGACCAGGAUGACUGGGAAGCGUGGCGCCAGUUCACAGCUAGUGCAGGAAUCCAGGUGGUGGGCGAUGACCUCACAGUGACCAACCCGAAGCGGAUUGCCAAGGCCGUGAGCGAGAAAUCGUGCAACUGCCUCCUGCUCAAAGUGAACCAGAUCGGCUCUGUGACGGAGUCUAUCCAGGCGUGCAAGCUGGCCCAGUCCAGUGGGUGGGGCGUUAUGGUGUCUCAUCGCUCCGGGGAGACCGAAGAUACCUUCAUCGCCGACCUGGUGGUGGGGCUCUGCACUGGACAGAUCAAGACUGGUGCACCUUGCCGAUCUGAGCGUUUGGCCAAGUACAACCAGAUCCUCAGAAUUGAAGAGGAACUGGGCAGCAAGGCCAAGUUUGCCGGCAGGAACUUCAGAAACCCCCUAGCCAACUAAGCUCUGGGCAGACGAGCCCGAGCUCCGCAGUCACUAAUCGGCUAAUUAGACCUCUGUCCCUGGCGUCUGAACGGGCAGCUCAAGGUCCCCAGCCAAUACUUGCAGGGGCCUCUGGUAGUUAACUGCCCUCUCCCCUCCCUGCGGUGGUCUCUCUGCCUCCUUAGAACUGCUACAAAAGCCAAACUUGACCAUCUGGAACCCUGGUGGAAACCCUAGCCCUGUAGUCAUGUGAUUGGCCCAAAUCAUUGUUUUUCUCACCUCGCUUCUCAAGUGUCUGGAGCCAAGUGUAUCUACAUUGUAAUCUCCGAGGUGUCCACAGGCAAGAUCCCCAGUGGUUCUGUGUGCAAAAUAAAAAGGCUUCAGUGUCCUGUAGGAGUA